AUGGAAGUACCCGAGGCGGAAGUUUUCCCUUUGCUGAAGGGCAAAGUCGCCAUCGUGACGGGCGGUUCGCAAGGCAUGGGCAAAGCCACUGCCUCAGUAUUUUUGAGAGCUGGUGCCAAAGUCGUCAUAGCCGACAUCAAAGAGGAAGAGGGUCAGAAAACAGUCUCCGAAUUGUCUCAAUAUGGGGAAAUCCUAUUCGUCAAAGCCGACAUCUCCAAGUCAGAAGAAGUUCAGAGCCUCGUGGCUCAAACGGUAGCCAAGUUUGGAAAACUUGAUGUGGCAGUCAAUAAUGCUGCUCUGUCACCAGACAACUCGCCACUUGUUGACUUUGAAGAGGGUUAUUUCAGGAAGACCAUCGAUAUCAACUUGACAGGUUCGGCUUUGUGUUGCAAGUGGGAGAUGCAGCAGAUGAUCAAGCAAGGCACAAAGGCAUCUAUCAUCAACAUUGCUUCUAUCAAUGCUUUCAAGCCACAGCCAAACAUGCCAGCCUAUACGCUCGCAAAGCAUGCUAUCAUUGGGUUGACUAAACACGCUGCGAUGGAAGGUGGACAACAUGGAAUCCGUGUGAACACUAUUGCUCCUGGAGCUAUCUAUAGUGACAUGUCGGCGGCGGCAUUGAAAAUUAUGGGAACAACGGUGGAAGAGUUUGCUCCGAAUGUGAGCUACCUGAAUAGAUUUGGACUGCCUCAUGAGGUUGCACAAGCCUCGCUCUGGUUAUCUUCGGACAAUGCGUCCUAUGUCACUGGAAUUUGUUUGCCUGUUGAUGGAGGAUUCACGGCCAAAUAG